AUUAUCUACACUGUUAACAGCUCUGUAAAUCGAUAACACUAAUUAUCUGAUAAUAUCAGGUAUUUGGAUAAAAUAUUAAAGAAUAGUUUUUGUUCUUAUAAAUUGGUGUGCCGAUCAGUAACUAUGAUUAUAAAAAUAUUACUAUUAAUUACAAUAAUAGCAGUUAAUAAAGCAGAAUAUGUGAAUUAUAGAAAUCACAAAUUAUACAGAGUGACUCCGUCCUCUGAUAAAGAAGUGCAAGCUUUACUUGAUAUAAAAAACAACAAUGAUUUUUUGUUUUGGCUCGAAGGAGUGAAAGUGGGAUUAGAAAACAGGAUUGAUGUGGCUCAGGAGAAACAGGAAUUAUUUGAAAAGUACCUGUCUGAUGCUAGUAUAAAAGCGGAACUCGUCGUGGAUGACGUUCAAAGGUACUGAAAUUUAAAUUUGUCUCUUUUCCUUAACAUUAUAACUUAAUUACGAAUAACUAGAAAUGAAUUGUUGCUUACAAAUAUCUUGGCAAUUUAAGAAACCGACAGUCAGAAAAUAAUGAAAGUAAUAAAGAAACAUUUCUUUAGUCUUAUAGAUAAUCAAGUCAAACGACCACUUGUAAGAAACACAAAUGAAUACGUUUGGGAUUACUAUCAAACGUUAGAUGAAAUCUAUGAAUGGAUGGAUAGUUUCGCAGCAGCUCAUUCAACGGUAGCAUCGAUUAUAAAUAUAGGAUAUACCGCUGAAGAACGACCUAUUAAGGGUAUGGUUAUAGAUUACAAAAAGAUUGGCGAUCCUUAUAUCGGUGUAAUUGAAGGAGGUCUUCAUGCAAGAGAAUGGAUAUCACCAGCUACUUGCACUUGGAUUAUAAAGGAAUUUUUGACGAGUAAUGACCCUGGAGUUCGGUCUAUGGCUGAGGAUGUUGUUUGGUACAUAUUCCCAGUAACGAAUCCCGAUGGCUACGUCUAUUCUUUUACUGAUAAUCGGAUGUGGAGAAAAAAUAGGAAUCCAGCAAUGAAGACAUCAUGCGCCCAAUGGAAUCUACCAGACGAUAUGAGCGUUGGCGUUGAUUUGAACAGAAACUUCGAUUUUCUCUGGAUGACUGUAGGAGCGUCAUCAAAUCCUUGUGCCAUUACUUAUGCUGGUCCUGCGGCCUUUUCUGAACAAGAAUCACUUGCUUUGGCAAAUUUGAUAAAUAAUUUGAGCAAACAAGGCUCCUUAUUGUACUAUCUCAGCUAUCAUUCGUUUACACAAUUGUUAUUGAUACCGUACAGCCAUGUACAAGGCAAAGAUGUUUUAGAAGCAGAUAACUAUGCAGAUUUGUUUGAAAUAGGCAUUAAAGGGAUGGAUAAAUUGACAGCAAGACAUAACACUACUUAUCGUGUUGGAACUUCCGCUGAUAUUUUAUAUGAAGUGAGCGGUGCUGGCUUUGAUUGGGCUAAAGGUGGAGCUCAUUUUCCUUUAGUUUUUCUAUUUGAACUCCGAGAUACAGGAAAUUUCGGUUUUCUUCUACCGCCCGAAGAGAUUAUACCGAACAAUGAAGAAACGAUGGACGGAAUGGUUGAAAUGCAUAGAGCUGUUAGAUCUAUGGGAUAUUACAGAGGGUCCGCUUGAAGCUCUACUGUAAAAGAUGGUUCUCAUACUAUUAAUAAGUUGAAUUGGCAAUAAAAUAAACAUUUUAAAUAAAAAGUAACUUAUUGGUUUUUAUUUAAUUUGCAAUGUAUUAUAUUUGGGCUCGAAACCAUGACUUUUUGCAA